AUGGAAAACAUGGAGGAACUAACCGACACAGUAGACCUUUUCAACUCAUGCCUUUUCAGCUACCGAACGUUCUCGUCCGCAAUCGCCACAGCGACCGAGUUGGUCGAGUGGGAUGUACUCCUACGCAUUGAACUGGCUAGAUUCGAGGUCUGGGGUCGCACCCUGGGCUUCUUAGACGAGAAGAUGGGGAUGGAGUUACAAGACCUGAAAUGCUUGAAGGUUACCGGGUUCGCCGAGAUUCUACAGGUGGAGGGUGCGCUCAGCCUUGUGCAUGAUAUCUUGAAAUCCCUUCUGCAGGCUUUGGAUGAUUUCAAGAAUCUGGCCAGAAAAUAUCGGCUACACCCUGAUAGUGGACGCACUGAGGAGCCGACGCAGGAUUUGAUUUUGGCAAUAAAGGACGAUGACAAGGCUUCACUGCUGGCAAAGCUGAGAACGGCUAAUGACGGGUUGGGAAAGUUCCUAUCAAUCCCCGAACAGAAGCAGGCAGCAAGAUCAUUGCCUUCGCGUGUCCUACCAAAAUACCACACGCCGAUGCAGCUGGAUGCCCUUAUCAAAAGCGUUGGGGUGAACCAGGACCUCAUUCAAACGGCAAAGAUCAAACAACUGAUCUUCCUGCCAGAAGAUACACCGAUUAGGGACUUCGAGCUCUCGAGCGCGCAAUUUACUGGACUACCUGAUGAGGUGGAUUUCACUGCCGACAACCCAUACUCUGGCUCUUGUACUGCUGUACGCUAUAUCUCUCCGGGCGGAGCCUCUCAUACAGCCCUCAUCGAGUGCGCCGAAUCCGCGCCGUUAGAACGGUCUAGAAUCCCAGAGGCUGAGCGUCGGCGUCGCAACAAGGUCGUCGCCCUUCUCAAGAAGGCGAGCCGGCUUCCAAGGCAUGGUGAUACAGUCUGCCGUGUACCAGAGUGCCUGGGCUGGUUUACCUUUAGGGCAAUGCACGACGGUACCGAAAUAGAGAUCCUCGGCUUUGCAUCCGAGGCUCCUUCGUGGGUUGACCCUACCAUACCACCCUACUCGCUGCGAAAGAUCAUGGAACAAGGAUAUUGGGCCGCCAGCGGCAGACCCCCGUUGGGGACAAGGAUCUGCCUGGCCCGCGCAGUGGUGCAGGCCGUUUACCACCUUCAGUGUGGUGGAUGGCUUCAUCGAUCAUUUGGAGGCCACCAGAUAAUCUUCUUCUACGACCGUGACAGUGGAAAUCUCCGCAUGGACGAACCUUUCCUACGGGGACUCCCGCACUCGCGUCUAGAUGGGCAACCAGUAGGCAGAGAUCAAGAAGUGCACGGUAAACUGCGCCGCGACUCGGAGACGGUGGUGGAAACAAAUGUAUACAAACACCCAGACUUAUGGUCGACGAGCCCGAGGCACUAUCGUCCCUCUGACGACAUCUACAGUCUCGGCGUCGUGUUGUUGGAGAUUGGAAUGUGGAGGAGAGUCGGCCCUGAUGUGACUCAGAGAGAAGAUGUUCAUCUCCUGAAAGUAGCUCGGAGCACACUUCCCGCUGCAGUUGGGGCCAUAUAUACGCAGGUUGUGGUUGGCUGCCUGGAGGGAAUGCAGGGUGAAGACUCCGGUACUGCGGAUGAUGGACCUUCUAACAAGGAGGGUGAGAAUGGAGUUGAAAGCCAAUUCCUGUGGAAGGUAUUACGGCCACUGGAGAACCUCAGGGUAUGA